AAGCAGAAAGACAGCAGACUCCGUCAUGGCCUCCUUCUCAAGCAGUAGCUUCGGACAAGCCCACAGAAACGCUUCACUGGGAUCCUCUUGGAUGUCUGGUGGUAGCGCUGGAGGUGGACACAUCGGCGCCAUGAGGGCCAGCAGUGUGUACGGGGGUGCGGGUAGCUCUGGAGUGCGCAUCUCCAGUGCCUCCAGCACUUACUCUGCCGGUGGUGGUUUUGGCAUGGGCGGUGGUGCUGGUGGCUUAGGCAUGGGCGGUGGGGCCGGUGGCUUCAACCUCUCUGAUGCGGUCGAUGUGAACGAGAACAAGAAGGCCACCAUGCAGAACCUGAACGACCGUCUGGCGACCUACCUGGACCGGGUCCGCUCCCUGGAGACAGCCAACAACGACCUGGAGGUCAAGAUCCGCAUGUUCCUGGAGGCCAAGACAAAGCCAGCAUCUCACGACUGCACCGCCUUUAUCACCACCAUCCACGAGCUCCAGGAAAAGAUUAUUGAAGCCACUAAUGAUAAUGGAGGAUUGUACCUUGCCAUUGACAAUGCAAAGCUGGCUGGAGAUGACUUCAAAACAAAGUUUGAGAAUGAGCUGGCUAUGAGACAGUCUGUGGAGGCAGAUAUCAGCGGCCUGAAGCGGGUGCUGGACGAGUUGACUAUGGGAAGAUCAGACCUGGAGAUGCAGAUUGAGGGCCUGAAGGAAGAACUGAUACACCUCAAGAAGAACCACGAGGAGGAGUUGUUGUCCGCACGUUCCCAGAUGAGUGGCCAGGUCAACGUGGAGGUGGAAGCAGCACCGCAGGAAGAUCUCAGCAAAGUCAUGGCCGAGAUUCGAGAACACUACGAGGCCGUGGCUAACAAGAACCGUAAAGAACUGGAGGGCUGGUUCAAUGCCAAGUCAGAAGAGGUCAACAAUGUUGUGGCGGUGAGCACUGAGACCCUCCAGUCAUCCCGUUCUGAAAUCACUGAAGUUAAGCGCACAAUGCAAAGUCUGGAAAUCGAACUUCAGUCUCAACACAGCAUGAAAGGGUCCCUGGAAGGAACUCUGAAUGAGACCAAGAGUCGCUAUGCCAACAUAAUGUCCGGCUACCAGAGACAGGUGACCUGUCUAGAGGAGCAGCUUGUUCAUCUUCGUUGUGACCUGGACCGUCAGAGCCAACAGUACAAAAUGCUGCUGGACAUCAAGACCAGGCUGGAGAUUGAGAUCUCUGAGUACCGGAGGCUGUUGGACGGAGAGUUUUCCAGUGUCUCAACAACUUCCACCAGUAACAGUUUGUUGCAGAAGGUGGUGACCUACGUGCAGGAGAUUGUGGAUGGGGAAGUGGUUAGUACCAACACCAACACUGUGAAGGAGACUGUGAACGGGGAAGUGGUUAGCACCAACACCAACACUGUGAAGGAGACUGUGAACGGGGAAGUGGUUAGCACCAACACCAACACUGUGAAGGAGACUGUGAAAACUGAGUCAUCUUGAACCAGGAGCCUUGCGUAAAAUAACACCAGCCCUCUGAUGACUGCUGUCAGCCUUCCUCAGGGAGAUGAAGAAAUAAAAGUUUUCAGAGAUGUUUAAACCAA